GGACUCGGACUUCUCCUCCUCGUCCUUCUUCUCCUCCUUCUUCGCGCUCUUCUGCUGCUGCGCGUCCUGCUGGGCCGUCCUGAGGGGAGCAGAGUGUCAGCUGCAGGCGCGGACUGGACCUGCGCGCACGCCAAGGCAAGCGCUCGCAAAUGAGCGCCAGCGUGAGGAGUGCGUCUCCUCGCACUCGCGCAUGCGUCUCUCAUUCUCCGCUGGCAGGGCGCGACUCACUUGGCAGCAGCCACGACCUUCUUGGGGUCGCUGACGUGCGAGUCCUCGCCGCCCUUGUGGCCCUCCUUGGCGGCGGCAAUGCCGGCCUGGAACGUGGAGCUGUCGCCGCGCGACUUGCGGCUCGGCUCCUUGGUGACCUUCUGCAGCGACGCCGCCUCGUCCUCGGCGCCGUGCGACUGCGCGGCGAGCGCCUAGUGCAGCGAAGUGCGUCAGCCAGGGUCGUGAGAAGGAGCGCAGCUCGUCUGCGAGGCUCGUCCUGGCAGCUCGAAUCUCAGCAGCACACAGCUGCAGCGCAGAUGGCGUGCAAGCAGCCUCAAUGCCGCGCCGAAAGCGGCUCAGCAACGUCGCUCGCGCUGGCUCCCUGCGCCUCUCUGCGCUGCUGCCGCAAGCAUCUGCUCUCGCUGCUCGCCUGCUCUCUCCUCACGCAUGCAACACGCACCUUGUUGCCCUCCGGCGCGUCCUCGUGCAGGUCGCGGCUCUCCGUCUUGCCCUGGGCGACGUCCUCAAAGUCGGAGCCGGCCGUGGCGUCGUCGACGCGCGGCUUGCCCGUGCCCUUGCGCUCGCCGUGGCCGGCGCCGUGGCCGUGGUCGUCGUGGCCGUGGCCGCCGGCCUUCUUGGACGGCGGGGCGGUCAGGUAGACACCGAGCGCUGUGUGCAAGCGUCAGUGGCUGCGCUCGGCUGACGAAAGCUACGCUGUGCCUGAAGCCGAUGUCGCGCUGCUCGAGUCCGCGGCUUCG